AUGCUCGUUAUCACGCUCGAUGCUAGGCUGAACGCUGAACUGGUCAAACAACAGAGAAGAGAAGAGCGAGACGCAGUCAGUAUGGAUUGGUUUGAUAUUGAUUGUUGUGUCGAAGAUGAUAGCUAUGAAAAUAAGCACAUCCAGCAUGUGCGACAAAAGUCUGCGGAAGCAUCAACAGCGGCUCGUCAAAAGGGCAACAAACUUUACACAAGUAAUCACCACGACAAGAAAAUGCACCUCGAGAUUCUGUCCCACUACUCUGAAAGUGUGGCUCUGGCUAAAAGUGGCUCCGAAGAACUGGCCCUAGCUUACUCCAACAGAUCAGCUUUGCUGCGGCAUUUGCGCAAAUACGAAGAAUGUCUAGUUGACAUUGAAAGGGCCCACCAGAUCACCAAGUCGGACGAGCUGAAGAUGAAGCUUCUGGUUCGAAAAAUGAAGUGUACGAACCUCAUGGACACUAGUACUGACGAGAAAGAUCACCCUUCGGUCGAUGACAACAAUGAAGUCAAAAGUAUCGAGUCUUACGCGGCCGGCGAGCGGUCCAAGACCAUCCCCUGCGCCUGUGACUGUGUCACUCUGGCCUACAAUAAAAAGUACGGGAGGCACUUGGUAGCCACCAAGGACAUAGAGCCAGGACAGGUUGUCAUCAUUGAGAAAAGCUCCGUUCAGUUUGCUAAGGGCGACAAGACCUACUUGGUUUGCUCCCACUGCUUGACGUUCGUGUGCAAUGGAAUACCUUGUGAAUCUUGUGCAGUGGCCAUGUACUGUUCGAAAAAGUGUAGGAAGGAAGCUUGGCUGCAGUAUCACGACGUCGAGUGUAUUGUUCUUCCUUUCCUCAUGUAUGCUGACUACAGGCAAGAGUACAAUUUGACGACGUUUAUGGCAGCAAUUCGAUUAUUCAUUAAAUCGGUUAAGAAGGAAGGUCUGGACACUAUAAUACAAGACGUACACGAGAUCAAUCGUCUGCAGAGUAAAGACGAGUUUUUACAGGGAUUCUUCGAUAAUGGUGUUUUCCAAAGUCAAAAAUUAAAAACUAUCUUAAAUUUGUCGUACAAUGAGCGUCCGAUAACGGAAAAAGAGAUCUUAACUAAAUUCAUAACCAACACUUUAGAGUUGCUUUCGAAUUUCACAAAUAUUUUCGACAGCAACAUCAGCUACAGCAGCCUAGAAUCAUUUAAUGAAACCAAAUUAUUCGUAGCAAACGAAAUAAUCUACAAAUUAGUACUCAUAUUGGACAGCAACAUUUACAAGCCAAUAAAAAAAGGAGAACAGCUAUUUAUUUCUUAUGGUGCUACAAUGAGUAUGAAAAAAAUUGACAGACAACAGAAGAUUAAACAAUCGCAUCACUUUAUCUGCGACUGCGUAGCAUGCAAAGAAAAUUGGUCAACAGACUUGAUGUCAAAUGUACUAAGUGACAAUUACAACAAGCUAAAACUAUUGUCAGAAUUUGAAAAAAUUGAUGGGAUAGAGGAGGUGCACGCUGUUCUUUCUGCAAAGAACGAUGAUAAAUUUGCCAACAAAUCAGUCACAAUUAACAUUAUUAAGAUGAUUCAAAUAGUUUAUGAGACUUUGACGGGCUACAAAGCUUGUUUACACUCAUUUCUCCUUCGGCCUUGGAUCACAAAGCACUACGAAAAAGUUUUGGGAGUGAAGAUCUUUGACAUACCUAGUGAUUGUUAA